AAUGGUCUGUUGUUUAUUUAGUUUGUACACUUUUAUUUUGACGAGUCUGUUCACAAAAAGUUUGCGGAAGUUGUUUUGGUGUACUUCCGUAGCAAAAGACAAAAAUGGCAGAACGGGGAUACAGUUUUUCUCUCACAACAUUUAGCCCCUCUGGCAAACUGGUGCAGAUUGAAUAUGCUCUGGCCGCUGUAGCAGCCGGUGCUCCAUCUGUAGGAAUCAAAGCAUCAAACGGAGUUGUGCUUGCAACUGAGAAGAAACAGAAGUCCAUACUGUAUGAUGAACAGAGCGUGCACAAAGUUGAGCCAAUAACCAAACACAUUGGCAUGGUGUACAGCGGAAUGGGUCCUGACUACAGGGUGCUGGUCAGAAGAGCAAGAAAGCUGGCGCAGCAGUAUUUCCUGGUAUACCAAGAGCCAAUCCCCACAGGCCAGCUGGUACAGAGAGUGGCUUCUGUUAUGCAGGAAUACACACAGUCUGGAGGUGUGCGGCCUUUUGGAGUUUCUCUUCUCAUUGCCGGUUGGGACGAAGACAGACCGUACUUAUUUCAGUCUGACCCAUCGGGUGCAUACUUCGCUUGGAAAGCCACAGCAAUGGGAAAGAACUAUGUGAAUGGAAAAACAUUCCUUGAAAAAAGAUAUAAUGAAGAUCUGGAACUUGAAGACGCUAUACACACUGCCAUCUUAACUUUGAAGGAAAGCUUUGAAGGUCAGAUGACAGAGGACAACAUCGAGGUGGGCAUCUGUAAUGAAGCAGGAUUUCGCAGACUGUCACCUGCUGAGGUGAAGGAUUACCUGGCAGCAAUUGCUUGAACAGCACUACACAGUGCUUAC